GGAAUUUCCCCUCAGCAUCAUCCUGCAUUGGUGAGAAGCAAUCGUCUCUGCUUCAGAGAACCCGCGAAAACCUCACGAGCUGCGUAAACCCGCAGAGCCAACUCCAGCUAAACACAGCCAACCCCAGUCAAUCCCAGCCUGAGCGACUCGCGACGAAAUGGAGCGGCGGCGGCUGUCUCACAGUGACGAUGGCGCACUGCCUUACCAUGCAAAACGACGCAAAACUGGCAUCCAGCAGAUGGAGGAUGAAUCCAUACGCGAACGUUAUACAGUCGCUUGGAUUUGCGCAUUGCAUAUCGAGAUGGCUGCAGCCCGCGCUAUGCUCGACGAAGAGCACUCUGAGUAUCCACAGCAAGGCAACGACACGAACUCUUACGUCCUGGGGAGCAUUCGGAAUCACAAUGUGGUCAUAGCCUGCUUGCCGGAUGCUCAAUAUGGCCUGAAUAAUGCCGCGAGCGUGCUUAGUAACAUGAGAAGGACGUUCCCUAACAUCGAAAUUGGAUUGAUGGUAGGCAUUGGUGGUGGAGUGCCGCUCAAAGCUGAUAUAAGACUCGGAGAUAUUGUGGUGGGUGUCAGGGUCAUGCAGUAUGAUAUGGGGAAAACACUCAACGGUGGCUUCCAGCGAACGGCAGUUCCCAAGAUACCUGACUCUACCAUCCGAACGGUCAUCUCAAAUCUGAGAUCUAAACAUGAGCUAAGUGGGAGCCGAGUUCCUUCGAUAUUGAGGGAGAAAAUGGGGAGCUACGCUGCUUAUUCGCGGCCAACCGAGCCUGACCGCCUCUUUCAGAAGUCUUAUCCUCACCCCUCUUCAUUCCUAUCUUGCGAUCAGUGUGAUUCGUCCAAGCUAGAGACGAGAAAGAACCGAUCUUCUGCCGACCCGUCCAUUUACUAUGGCGGUAUUGGCUCAGCCAACACAGUCAUGAAAGACUCAAUUGUUCGUGAUGAGGUCGCGCGGGAGCUGGAUGUACUUUGCUUUGAGAUGGAGGCUGCUGGUUUGAUGGAUAUCAUGCCUUGCCUGCCUAUUCGUGGUAUCUGCGACUAUUCGGAUUCUCAUAAAUCGAAAGAGUGGCAGCGGUAUGCUGCAGCCGCUGCAGCAGCUUAUUCCUAUGAGUUCUUGGAACUAUGGAGAGGAGAGUACCAAGCAUCUUACGCUGGUUACCACCAGUCGAAUUCUGAGCACACCAUCAUAUCUGGUGGUCAUGAGGACAUUCUGAAAUCAUUGGACUUCGAGCAAAUCGAUGCCCGGAAGUUGACCAUUAAAGCAGCACAUUCGAAGACCUGCCAUUGGUUUCUUAAACAUCCCGAUUAUCUUUCAUGGACUGACCCGCAGGAGACGCCACAGCAUCGUGGUUUCUUGUGGAUCAGAGGAAAGCCUGGAGCUGGGAAGUCCACUAUUAUGAAGUUCAUCUACCUAAAGUGGAAGAAAAAGGAUCGUAAAAACCAGAGCCUCACCGCCUCCUUCUUUUUCAACGCCCGUGGGGAGCUGUUGGAAAAGACUGUCUCGGGGAUGUACCGAUCUUUACUUUUGCAAAUGUUCCACGGAUUUCCAGACCUCGAAUCCGUCUUGGAUGACCCUGACCUUUUGCCUCGAAACCAAAGUGGUUGUCCUCCAUUGAACGUCCUCAAAGACGUCCUCCGCGCCGCAGUUUCCAAGCUUGGUCAAAGAUCAUUCAGAUGCUUUAUCGAUGCCCUUGAUGAGUGUGAUGAGCAGCAAGUCAUGGAUCUAGUCGAAUACUUCGAAGAUCUGGCCGAGCAAUGCACUGAAAAUAACAUCAAUCUUCGUAUCUGUUUCUCCAGUCGUCAUUACCCCUACAUUGAUAUAAAAUACGGUAUUCGAAUCAUUCUCGAGGAAGAAAUUGGGCAUGGCAGCGACCUUGAGAACUACAUCAAGUCCAAUCUUCGAAUCAAAGACAAAACACUCCUGGCAGAGCUCCAAGAGAAAAUGCUUCAGAAAGCAGCAGGCGUUUUCCUCUGGGUUGUCCUUGUAGUCGACAUAAUGAACAAGGAGAAUUGUCGUGGUCGCCUAGCUGUGAGAAGACGUCUUGAGCAGAUACCCAGUGGGUUGAGUGACCUGUUCAAGGACCUGCUGAAAAGAGACAAUAACAAUAUGGAGGAGCUCCAACUGUCUGUUCUCUGGAUUUUGCUCAGCCAACGACCGUUAAAGCCCGACGAGUACUAUCACGCGAUCUGGUCAGGGCUAUACCUGAAGGGACUAGCAGACUUUGACAUGCCCGAGGUUGACACUGAGGACUCUGAAGAUUGCUUUGCCCGUUGUGUUAUCAGUUCAUCUAAGGGUCUAGCUGAGAUCACAAAAGUCAAGGAGCCGAGGGUUCAAUUCAUACAUGAGUCUGUUCGCGAUUUCCUCAUCAAGGAUAAGGGUCUUCAAGGGCUAUGGCCAGAACUCGGACCAGACUGGGAGGGUGUAGGCCAUGACAGGUUGAAGAUGUGCUGCUAUUCCUACUUCGAAUUUGUUCUCAAGAGUGGACAGCUCGAACUCGAAGACCGUCAUGCUUUAGAGCCCACAGUUGCAAGGGAGGCUAAGCCGUACCCAUUCCUUCAAUAUGCUAGCCAGUUCGUUCUACAUCACUCUGACUUGUCAGCAAAUACGGCUGACCAACAAACAUUUUUGGAAAGCUUUCGGACUUCUGCUUGGAAAGCGGUUGUCAACGGCUUUGAGACAUUUAGGGUCCGUAGGUAUAGGCCAGCCGCUGGGUUACUAUACAUACUUGCGGACAGAGGGCAUUCGUCACUCAUACGGACAAGACUGGAGAGUGAUGCCAAUAUUUACGUAUCGUCAGAGAAAGACAGAUAUGUAUAUCCACUCAUAGCUGCCAUGGCUAAAGGGGAUAAAGCCAGCGUCCUUGCUCUUCUGCGUUUACCCUCCGCGCUUUAUGAAGGGAUGGAUAUAACAGAAGGUCUAUUGCCCGACAUAGAUGCUGGCGGGGCCCUCCGAACCCCACUUUCUUGGGCAUGCGAGAAUGGCCACUUCGGAAUCGCAAGGAUUCUUGUUGAAAGAGACAAUCAGCCCAUAAAUGAUGUAGCGGCAUACUCACCCCUAAUGCUUGCGUCGAAAAAUGGCCACAUCGACAUAGUGAGAUGGCUAAUAAGCCACGGCGCGGGUGUCAAAGAAAUAUACAAGAGAGAAAGCGCCAUCUGGCUUGCGUCAUGCAAUGGCUACGCUGAAGUAGUUGAGAUCUUGCUCGACGCGGGGGAAGAUUCUAAUAGACGCGGCGUUAGUGGUGCUCCUAUACUACUUGCAGCUGCUGAAAAAGGGCAUGAGAAGGUGGUAAAACUCCUUUUGGAGAGAGGGGCAGAUGUCAACGCAAAAGGCCUUUGGAAAAAGACACCUCUUCAUUAUGCUGCGGGAAAAGUGAAUGUGGUGAAGCUCCUUUUGAGUCGAGGGGCAGAUGUUGAUGCAAAAGACCGUUGGGAAAUGACACCUCUUCAUUAUGCUGCAGAAAAAGGAGGAUCAAGGGCAGCAAUGGAAGCACUUCUCACCUACGGGGCAAAGAUAGAUGCCAGAAAUCAAUGGGGCCAGCCACCUCUAUUCAGGGCCGUGAUGCGUGCCUCUGUCGAUGAAAUCGGGUUCUUAAUUACACGAGGAGCGGAUAUAACAGCUCAGGAUGAACAUGGUGAAAAUUGGCUACACAAAGCAAUGGGGCGGAAAAUAUCAUUGUUGGAGGUUGUUCAAUUGCUUCUCGAUAAUGGGGCAAGGGCCGAUGCUCGUGACAAAAGUGGCCAAACGUGCCUCCAUGUCCUCGCACGUAACGUCAACCCUUACACCAGCGAUAUAAUUCAGCUGAUCACGAGCCUCGGAAUCGACAUCAGUGAUAAUGGCAAUGAUGGUAAUACACCUCUGCAUAAUGUGACAGAAUAUGGGAAUAUGGAAGCUCUGUCAAUAUUCGCCGACCAGCCGGGUGUGGACCUCAAUGCUCGCAAUCUCCUAGGCAAGACGCCAUUGCACCUUGCAGCUUCUCGUUAUCGUCCGCCGGAAACGGAGGAUUUCGUCGUAGGGGCCAUCGACAUAUUAAUAAGGAAGGGAGCGGAAAUUAAUGCUCUUGAUAAUCAGUCAAGAACGCCGCUUGAUGAUGCAGUGAAAACGGGUUACGAGAAAGCCAUCCACUUCCUGAUUAACAAGGGAGGAAAGCGAGGUGUUACAUAAGUCACUGACAAGAACGAGUUCAUCGUUAAACAAAGAUAUACUACAGCUGCCAAAAAAAAAAAAUAGUUCUUUUUUAGUUUGCUAAUAAACCUGAUAUCGGCGGCUUAUAGAUACUGUAAUACCUUAGACGAUCCAUAACCCAACCUUGGAAAGUUGACAG